UUUUGAAAUUGAUAACUUUUUGGGAUUGGAAUAAUGAAAUAAUGAUUGUGGAUUUAAGUGAAGAAAACAAAAGCUUUUUUAAAAACAAUACAAAUGAAAAUAAAGUUGAAGAUAUUAAGACAAAAUUUAAGAAUUUAAGAGAAAACAGAUUAAUGUUCAUAGGAAAUAGUAAUAGUGGAA